CCCGGUCUUCCCUCUUUUGUGCGAGGCUGAUCGAUCGACUGGGUUCGGAGGCGCAUUGGGUUAGCAAUUUGGUCGGCGGGGAAGGCAUGGUGUCGAAAUAACACCGUACAUUCCGGAUUUGGGACAGUAUGGGGCAGCUUGGGUCACCCCUUUAAUAGAGAGUGGGAGCAAGGGGUACGCUUGGAGGGUACGGAUGAUGCGAGCGGGCUGGCUGCACCAUGUUACCCCGGAGGGGUGUAAAGCUCAUGCGCUCGUCUUUCUCUCACAUGGCCAACUCGCCUCGACCUCCUUACGCGAACCUGUCGCGCACAUCACCGCCGCAGACGUCCACAUCACCUCGGAUGACGUGAUCGUCAUGUUCCACGACCCUUCCUUAGAGCGCACCACCAACGGCUCGGGCCUUAUCCGGGACCAGCCGUACCAUGGCAACAUUGAGAACAUCCGCACGACCAAGACGCCCGUCCAGAAGAUUCCGACGUUUCAUGAGCUGUGCGACUUCCUCAUGCGUCCAGAGUGCAUGCAUGUCAAGGUCAACAUCGACAUCAAGCCUGACAACGACCCAGACAGGCUGUUUUGUCUGAUGAGGGAGAUCGUCAACCGAUAUUCAGACUGCGAGACGGCGCUGUCGCCGCGCAUCAUCCUCGGGCUGUGGCACCCCAAGUUUCUGCACGCGGCGCUGAAGCAUGUCCCACUGCUGCGCCGCAUCCACAUUGGCGGCUCCCCCUCGCUGGCGCGGCAGUACUUUUGGAAGCAUUGUGACGGCUUCAGUAUGUGGUUCGCUGGUCUGGUCGGCGCCGAGGGCCAGGCGUUCCUGCGCGAGGCGCAAGGCGCAGGGAAGGACGUGUACGUCUGGACCGUCAACCGCCCAGACGAGAUGAUCGAGGCGACGCGCUGGGGCGUCAAGGCCGUCCUGACAGACAAGACGGAAAUUUUCCGCGACCUGCGCGUCGCCAUGGCCAAGGACUUUGCCGCGACGCGCAAGGAUCAGGUCGGCCUCUUUUUCCGCUGGGCGUCGUGGCGGUACUGGAUGCUCCCCCAGUUCGUCAUCCAGACCAUGUGGGUCGCCAACCUCGAGAAGCGCGCUGGCGAGUCGUUCAAAGCGGCAGACGACCGCGCUCUGCGUGAAGCCGCAGCCAAGGUUGUCACCGCCGCCGCCGCGCCGCAUGAAGAUACAAGCGGGGCCACGACGGUCAUCGGCUCGCCCGACGCGCUCAAGCCAUCGCCGACCGACAACGCCGCCGUACCCCCGAUUACGGCCAGCCUGGCUUCUCCGGCAGCAUAGAUGCUUCGCUACCGCAACUGCACAUACAUUAGCACGGCUCUUUAAUCUCUGUUUUCCCGUGUCAGUCUAUCCUGGCCAAAACCAGGAACCUGCAUUCCACGGGAACCCACCUCAUCAGCAGCAGUCUUCGUCUCGUGUCAUCCGCCCUCAUUCAUCGAUCAGUGUUCACUGCCCGGACGCUCUGCAUCACUCCUUCAUUUUUCCCAAGCAUGCCGCGUUACAGGUUCCCGCCGCGGAGAAGGAGGGGUAGACCAAUGGACAUUUCUUCAUCCAACCCAUUGCC